AAAUGUGUGAAUGAAAUCUACGAAUGCUGUUAAACUGCAGAAAGAUUAAGUUCUGUCAACAUUUGUAUGUUAUGUAUUUGGAGUAUGUGCUGUGAGUAAUUCAUAUCUUGAAACAUGCUGAAGAAAAGACAUAAAAAACGAAUCGGAUUAUUGUGAUCUUGUUGAAGCAGGUGGUUCUUUCAUAUGGACAGUGUUUGCAGGGGGAAGGGAUUCUUUUUGAACAAGCCCAUCAGUGGAGAUUUAAUCAGCUCUCAAGAUGCCUGCUGAUUAUAACGGCUACUGGAAAAUGAUCUCCAAUGAAAACUUUGAAGAGUAUCUGAAAGCUUUGGAUGUAAAUGUGGCUGUUAGGAAGAUAGCCAGUCUGCUAAAACCUGAUAAAGACAUCACUAGGGAUGGAGAUCACUUCAUCAUCAAGACUCUCAGCACCUUUAGGAAUUACAACAUGGACUUUUUGGUUGGUCAAGAGUUUGAAGAAGAUCUAAGUGGAGUGGACGACCGCAGAUGUAUGACCACUAUCACCUGGGAGGGAGAUAAACUGGUGUGUGUGCAGAAAGGAGAGAUCGAGGGGAGAGGCUGGACCCACUGGAUUGAUGGAGAUGAACUUCACUUGGUACUGCAGACCAGUUCUGCCAUAUUCCCAUCAGGAGCUGAGAGCUGCUGGUGUAGUGAGUAAGCAAGUCUUCAAAAAGUCAUAAAGCUGUAAAAGCAGCUUCAAGUAACAUCCCCGACUGAACUUGUCCAAGAGAUGCAGUGAAAACCAUUUAAAACACAACUCUCUCCACUUAUCUUUCAUAACAACUGCCAUCCAUCAACAUGGCUAUGACUGUGAAAAAAAAUUAAAUGUGAAGGUUUUUCAUAGUCUUUGAGUGUUUAUUUCUUCUGAUAUUAAAAUUCCAAUGUUC